AUCUCUAACAAGUGAUUUUUACCCCAUAUGGAACAUCUACAAUGGGAACUUUUAGAUGGACGGUCUGGAUCAUCCGGUCAAACGGUGGGGCAGGAAAAGGAAAGUGGGCCACACAGUCGUGAUGUAGCAAACCUCAUCCAAAAGCUUAUCCAACCAAGAUCACAUAAACAAAAUACCUCAGUUUUCCACUUUUGUUUUCUCACAAGCCAUGGCUGCUGCAAGGCAACUCCUCCACUUCACACGUGCCACCUUGCACGUGCCAGUCUCCCUCCCUUCACCCCACCUCAACUUCACCUCAGUCUGCAACACCCACAAGGGCCCAUUCUCUAACCUGUGCACAUUAUCCAACCGUCGAAUUCCGGCGACUGCACCACCAAAGGCCUCGUCGGUGAGAAAUGACAACAUUGUGGGGCCCGAAGACGACAGCGAAGGCGUUUCUCUAGGCACCAUGAAGCUCCCACCGGACACUGACGUGGGGAGAUUCGAGACAUUGCUCUUCCAGUGGGCCAACAGCCUAUGUCAGGGAGCGAAUCUGCCGCUUCCUGUGCCGUUGAAGGUCGAUAAAAUCAAAGGUGGAGUGAGACUGGGAUUCAUCAAGGUGGAAGAUGGGAUGACUGAGGUAUGUGUGUACAUUGACUGUUUGGUCUUUGCUGAAACCAAAGAAUCUGGACCAUUCUUUCAGGCAGUGAGGAACGGACCCUUGAAAGACCAACCACCUCCCGGCGAGCCAAGAAUCAUGAGAAGCCUUCUGCAAGCUUUGAAGAUGUCUGCUGAAAUUGCAAGAAUUUAAAUGAUUUGUAAAGCGGGCCCAAACAGUUGGGACAAGGCUAUGAUGAGGAUGAUGCCGAUGGAGUUUUAGCAGGCACCAACCAUGCUUUGAAAGGAAUCUGAUCGGAUCAGGUCAUCACAGUUGUUGGAUAAGUGGCCUGCAAAAUGCCGUUUGAUGGAUAGUGGUUGUUUUUCUUUUGACUCAUUUGCUCUUCUGAGACCCACCAUUGGGUGGGCCAUUGUUGUAAAUUUGCACCAAUUAUAACUCAUCAAGUUCUCAUUAAUUCUUCUUGGA